AUGAACGCCGACAAAAAGAAAUUCUAUCUGGCUGCCAGAAGAAAAGAAAUAGAUGGAGUAAUGAAUCUGGUCAUCGUGGAUCCAUGGACCGGAGAACGAUACGAGAACAAUGAAGUAGAACUUCGCAAUAAAUAUAACAUACAACUAGGAGAUUUUCUACAUGCUAAAGUUGAUGGUAAUAAUCAAUUGUGCGAGUUUGGAAGAACCGAACAUUCUGCAAACAUCUUGGUCAAAGUGGAAGGAAAUGUGGCUUUUGUGACAAAUUUGAUGUCCAAAUUGAAUUUGGUCUACGAAACUCUUGUGUUCCAAAAUAAACUCUUUGGAGAUUCCAUAUGUCAUGAUAGCAACUUACCACAAGGAGACUACAAAAUCAGAUUGAAUUUACUCGACACUCCACUCCCACUGAAACCCGGAAGAGUUAUACACUUCGAAGCCACUAGUCCCGAGCCAAAAAUACAAAAAGUCAUAACAGGGGCUGGAUUUGCUGCACCUCCUGCAGAGAAUAAAAUAAUUGGAGAAGGAUUUGCACAGGCAGGGAAAAGAGAAGAACCGGUCAAGAAUAGAGCGGUUGUGUUGAGUAAAGUGGACAAACCAAUUGGAACACAUUAUUAUCUCUGGAAUCUUGACUCAAAGACCGAAGGACUUUUCGUGUCAAAUGCUCAUUCUCUGGAACCUGGACACUUUUUCACAGGGAUAUUCAAAAAGAAGCCAGAUGGAAAGUGCACCUGUUUGAAAUAUGAAAAACCACUCGAGCCAGCACCGUUUACUGGUGGAAUCAGACCAAAUGGAAAAAUAUACUUUACUGUCAAAAUCGAUAAAUAUGAACCAGCAAAAGGAAAUAUGAAAUACGCACAUGCGAUGGCUAAGUAUAUCGGAGAAGUUUUGGAAGGAGAGACUGAUGCCACAAAAUUGAGCAAAGAAUUCAAUGGAAGAAUGGUGAACAUUCAACGCCGUGGAAUCGAACAAAAGGAUUUUGUUUGGGUUAUCACUGAGAUUCUGGAUAAUUGA